GCGCAGAGGCAUUCCUGCUCAGUUUUCAAUCACGCGCGUAAGCGAACGGAACUGCCCGUAUUUAAAUUAGUUAAAGCGGAACAAAUAUGCUCGGACGCACUUUGCCCGUGACGUCGUCUUGGACUUAAUCCUCUUCCAGUUCCCUUAAAAUAGCCCCGUAUCUGUGUAACCGCCAACAGUAUUGACCAAGUCGUCCAAGUGCUAACUACUCCCCCGGCUAUUUGGAGUUAUUGUAACCGUUGGCAACUGCCACAGCAAACGUAUUUACAAUUAUCCGGAUAUAAUUUGCAAUUACACACCUUGCUAUAAAUAAAACGGAAAAGAAGCAGCGCAUCAUAAUAAAGCGUUUAAAAUGCCUGAUGUAAAGUUCUUUGCCGUGCUGCCCACCAAUGCCAGUACCUCGGAUCGAGUAACCCGUUUGUCCGUCAGCGGCAACUUGCUCCAGGAUCCCCAGCAAUUCUCGGUGAACUUUGUCAACAGUCCGGACUGCACGGACAACAUCACAUACCACUUCAAGGUCGUGAUUCCCACACAGACGAUUAUCGAGAACUAUAAGCGGAACGGCGAGUGGAGCAGCCUGCACCAGGAGAAGUACCUGAACAUCUUCGACGGUACAGGAGCUAGCGAUAAGAACCCCAAUAUGACAGAGAGCUUUGCCCGCAUUAUAACCGAAAUUGACGAGGCGCUCCAACUUUCAUCCACAGAGUCCUCAUUUUGCCUUGAGUUCGCCUUCGACUACGCAAAUUCCAUGAUGCGGGUGUACCAGGGUAGGGAUUCGGGCCACAAUUUCAUAACCGAGUACGAGACCCUCUUCUCCCUGUCCGACAUCCAGGCGGUACAGGUGUGGGGCGAUGUACAGAAGGUCAACCAGUUUGCCCUGAGCUACAACUGAUUGGGAGAAGAAUCCCAAAGAUCCCAUGAUCCCCAAGCGAGAAGAGUCUUACCAAAAAUAUUUGCGUAAACAUUGGGGCCUGCCAUCUGCUAUAUAGCGCUACAAAACUGAAGGCUCCUAUGCAAUACCAAACGAAAUACACAUUAAUUUUUUGCCAUAAAUUAUACAUUAUAUUUA